AUGUAAUUCAGUAUUAUGGAUGUUGUCAAAAUUAACUUCUUUUUUUUUUUUAGCCCUUACCUUCUGUAUACCAGCAGAGGAUUGAGAAAGGAGAAGAUUCAGUCUCAGCGCAUAGCAGCUCAAACAUUCUGGUGCAUAAAAUCAGCAAAGAGGCAUAGUCUAAAGUAUUUGGGACCUCCAGCCAGCCUUUUUCAGCCACCUCGUCGUCCUGGCCUUGGAACUGUUGGGAAGCCAAUUCGUCUUCUAGCCAAUCAUUUUCAGGUUCAGAUUCCAAAAAUAGAUGUCUAUCACUAUGACGUGGAUAUCAAACCAGAAAAACGACCUCGUAGAGUUAACAGGGAGGUGGUAGAUACAAUGGUAAGACACUUCAAAAUGCAGAUAUUUGGUGAUCGGCAGCCUGGCUAUGAUGGCAAAAGAAACAUGUAUACAGCUCACCCACUGCCUAUUGGACGGGAUCGGGUCGAUAUGGAAGUGACUCUUCCCGGUGAGGGCAAAGACCAGACCUUUAAAGUUUCAAUUCAGUGGGUAUCUGUAGUAAGUCUUCAGCUACUUUUGGAAGCAUUGGCUGGGCAUUUGAAUGAAGUGCCUGAAGAUUCUGUACAGGCACUAGAUGUCAUCACAAGGCAUCUGCCUUCUAUGAGGUAUACUCCUGUUGGCCGCUCGUUCUUCUCUCCUCCCGAAGGUUACUACCACCCUCUGGGAGGGGGAAGGGAGGUUUGGUUUGGCUUCCACCAGUCUGUGAGACCUGCCAUGUGGAAUAUGAUGCUGAAUAUUGACGUAUCUGCUACUGCUUUCUACCGUGCCCAGCCUAUCAUUGAGUUCAUGUGUGAGGUUUUAGACAUUCAGAACAUCAAUGAACAAACAAAACCUCUUACAGACUCCCAGCGUGUCAAGUUUACCAAAGAAAUCAGAGGUCUUAAAGUCGAGGUUACCCACUGCGGACAGAUGAAACGAAAAUAUCGAGUUUGUAACGUAACUAGACGACCCGCCAGCCAUCAAACUUUUCCUCUACAGCUGGAAAAUGGUCAAGCCAUGGAAUGUACAGUAGCCCAGUAUUUUAAACAGAAGUAUAGUCUUCAGCUGAAAUAUCCUCAUCUUCCUUGUCUCCAAGUGGGACAAGAACAAAAGCACACUUAUCUUCCUCUUGAGGUCUGUAAUAUUGUGGCAGGCCAGCGGUGUAUCAAGAAAUUAACUGACAAUCAAACAUCAACCAUGAUCAAAGCAACUGCAAGAUCAGCUCCUGACAGACAGGAGGAAAUCAGCAGACUAGUGAAAAGUAAUAGCAUGGUUGGUGGACCUGAUCCAUACCUAAAGGAAUUUGGUAUUGUUGUUCACAAUGAAAUGACAGAGUUGACAGGCAGAGUAUUGCCAGCACCAAUGCUACAAUAUGGAGGCCGGAAUAAAACAGUAGCUACGCCAAACCAAGGUGUAUGGGAUAUGCGAGGAAAACAGUUUUAUGCUGGCAUUGAGAUUAAAGUGUGGGCUGUUGCUUGUUUUGCUCCUCAGAAACAAUGCAGGGAAGAUCUGUUAAAGAGUUUCACAGAUCAGCUACGGAAGAUUUCUAAGGAUGCUGGGAUGCCCAUUCAAGGUCAGCCAUGUUUUUGCAAAUAUGCACAGGGAGCAGAUAGUGUGGAACCCAUGUUUAAACAUCUGAAGAUGACUUAUGUUGGUCUGCAGCUGAUAGUCGUGAUCUUACCUGGGAAGACACCAGUGUAUGCUGAGGUGAAACGUGUUGGUGAUACCCUCUUAGGAAUGGCCACUCAAUGUGUUCAGGUGAAAAAUGUAGUAAAGACUUCUCCCCAAACUCUCUCUAAUCUCUGCCUGAAGAUAAAUGCAAAACUUGGUGGAAUUAACAAUGUCCUUGUACCCCAUCAAAGGCCUUCAGUGUUCCAGCAACCUGUCAUCUUUUUGGGAGCAGAUGUUACUCACCCUCCUGCUGGAGAUGGGAAGAAGCCCUCUAUUGCUGCAGUGGUUGGUAGCAUGGAUGGACACCCUAGCCGAUACUGUGCUACAGUUCGAGUACAGACUUCCCGCCAGGAGACCUCCCAGGAGCUCCUGUAUAGCCAGGAGGUGAUCCAGGACUUGACUAAUAUGGUUCGAGAACUUCUAAUCCAGUUCUACAAAUCGACACGCUUCAAGCCCACUCGCAUCAUCUAUUAUCGUGGAGGGGUCUCCGAGGGACAAAUGAAGCAGGUAGCUUGGCCGGAAUUAAUAGCAAUCCGAAAGGCAUGUAUUAGCUUGGAAGAAGAUUACCGCCCAGGUAUAACAUACAUUGUUGUGCAGAAAAGGCAUCACACUCGACUCUUCUGUGCAGACAAAACAGAAAGGGUGGGGAAAAGUGGUAAUGUACCAGCAGGUACUACUGUGGACAGCACUAUCACACAUCCAUCUGAAUUUGACUUCUACCUCUGUAGUCAUGCAGGAAUUCAGGGAACCAGCCGCCCAUCCCAUUAUCAGGUCUUGUGGGAUGACAACUGCUUUACUGCAGAUGAACUUCAACUUCUGACUUACCAGCUCUGUCACACCUAUGUUCGAUGUACCCGCUCAGUCUCUAUUCCAGCCCCAGCUUACUAUGCCCGGUUGGUGGCAUUUAGAGCAAGAUAUCACCUGGUGGAUAAGGAUCAUGACAGUGCCGAGGGAAGUCACGUGUCAGGACAGAGCAAUGGCCGGGAUCCCCAGGCCCUGGCCAAGGCUGUGCAGAUCCACCACGAUACUCAGCAUACGAUGUAUUUUGCCUGAAAGCAUGUGUGAAGACUGAGCAGAUUUGGCACACCUGGUGGUCUACCUGCUUACUGUGUGGUCUUGACAGGUUUUGGAAACCUGUUACUUCUAGAGAAGGCCAAGUUGACAUCAGACAGCCUACCAGCAAUUCUGAACAGUCACAGUGUCUGAUACACCAACAGAAUCGAGCCAUUUUUUUGUUGUUGUUUUGUUGUUUGGGGAUUUUUAAAGUAACUUUUUAGUACUAGAAAUUCAUAGACUGUCUUUUCUGAUGCAUUGGACUGAAUUUUUACCUCAAAGCAUAAAAAAGGCUGAUCAUCCUGAAAUUUUUAAAGAACUUGACAUAAGAGGUUUCUAUUGAAUAUUUUGCUAGCUCUGGUUAUCACCUCAAUCCUCCAGUUUAAUGAGAUGAAAUUAUUUUUUGUUUGUAUUCAUCAAGCAGGUAUGCAUGACUGAGAGGGGCAGACCACCCAUCAUUUUACUUCAAUGUAGCUGUCUAUUGUGUGGGGCCAUAGACAUUUUAACAGAGAUUUUUUUACUUUACUCUUGUAAAUGCCUUUAUGGAGCAUUCAUUUUGGAAGGUAUUGCAGUUAGUCAUUUUUACUAAUUUUAUCUUUUUGACCUCUGCAAAAGUGUGCUGGUGCAGGCACGAGCAGCAGAGUGAUUGCACUAUUUGUGACUACAGACUCACCAGGCAGGUCUUAUUGGGUAAACCUUCUGUGAAUGUGUCAUAGAAACAGAGAGGGAUGCCUGGAGUAAUUUUAGAUAACACUGCCAUGGGAUAGUAAAAUUACUCUUGUUUCUCCCUUCUUUAAAAAAAAAAACAAAACAAAACAAAACAGAAAAAAAGGAAAAAUGAAAAAGAAAAAAUUAACUUUUAGGUAUUUUUCCAAGUUUUACAAAGUGCCCAUUUAUGCUGCUGUGUGGUUUGAUAAAUGUAAAUGAUUUUUAAACUUUUCUUGUAGAAGGUUAACUUUGGCAAUAAACUUUUUUUAAAGGCUCCCCCUUCCCUCUCCCCUCUCCUCCAAAAAAAAAAAUGUAGUUUUCUGGCCAAGGGUUGUGCAUGAAUUUAUCUAAUAUUUCUUAUGACUUCACAAUCUAGCAAUUUCUGAAACCAGUCAGAAAAGACACAUUCUCAUGCCCUUUUAAAGGUUUUUAUUCACUGUUAGUGUCCUUUCUUGUCUGUCUUGUUUUCAUAAAAUAAGCUUGAAUGUAGUUGUUCCCCUUAAGAAAGUUUUUGCCAAUUUGUACAGUCAGUAUAUGUUGUGUGGUGCUAGCAACCUAGAGAUGUGUACCUGUACCAGCAUUUUGAACUUCUCCUUGGCAAUUUAGGAUGCUCCCACAAUUACAGACGGUGCAUGUUUUCUAAAGAUGUACAUUAUAACUACUGUUUCCCAGCCUAGGUUCUCAGUUUUACUUUUUUCUCCCACUUCAGUUGCUUUUUUUAGGCUAACAUGUUAUGAGAGGCUUAAUAUGUCCUUUACCAGCUUUUAUAUUCUGCUACCUUGGGGGCUGAUUUCCUUUCAUGUUAAAACAAAGGGAAAUGAGAUGGAGUAAGCAUCAAUGGGUCUGCCUGAUGGUGGGCAGACCCUGUUCCUCCAAGUCUCAGUUGCUCCCACAAUGGUAAUUGCUCUUGACUCAGGAGCAGGUCUGAACCACAUACAACAAACCAGCCUUUUCAAAAGCUCAGCAAUAUCAAAUGCUGUUUUUCUCAAGUCUUUUAAGCAAGUUUGUAAAUACAUCUGAGUUUACAUUUCUCUCUGCUGUCUCUUUUCAGCAGCACCACUGGGUGUGCUAAAGCUACUCGACAGAAAGUUUUAUAACCUAUGUUGAAUGGCAAGACUUGAGACUGUUUUACUCUGUAAACACUGGGACUAAAGAGCAAGCUCUGCCCCUGAGGCACAGUGCACAGAUUUCUUUUUUUUUCCUUUUAUUGUUCUUGAGCUUUUCCUUUUUAAAAAAUACCUCACUUGGAUAAUAAAAAUCAGGACAUGUCAGUGAGAGGCUGGCUGCCGCUUCAGCAAGAUGGCUGCUUUUAUUCACAUUUGUUCAGGGAGAGCACAAAGAAUAAACCCUUCAGCAACUCUGUCCUCCAGCCUCCUUGGAAGAGACACAAGACACCUGGAAGAGAGAAUGGGCCCUUUGGAUCAGAAGGACCAGAGGGAUCUAUCUGCCCGCUGGAUGUCUGUCUGGCCAGGUGAGGUCACUUGAGGGUGGCUAGUGGCUAGAAGGUCCUGCUUUUGUCUGACAAUGUGCGCUCGUUGUGGGGCAUGGAUGGAGGGAAAUGAAGCUGUGACCUCAGACUGGAUCAAUUCUGGGAAGGACCUCGGCUUGCUUAGAUGUACCUGCACAGAAGGAGGGAAGGGGGAAUGGGGCCUAACUUUAUAGGAAUAAUUCCUGUCAUAACAGUGCAAUGCUGUCACUUUUGGAGGAAGUAAAAUGCGAGCGUAUGAAUAACUUCAAUUAUUGGGGGGAAAACAUUGCCAUGGGGUAUAUAAAUCUUUAAAAAGAAAUCACUGCGAAAUCAGAAUUGCAGCAAUACUAGUGUAAGCAGGUCUGAAAGUAGAGUUAAUUUGCAGCUUGACAGUUUUGAAUAUAUAACCCCUUGGAAUGAACUGAAUCAUUAUGCAUGUGUCAAUCAAUGGGAGGUGUGCAUUCUGUAGCAGUAGUUUAUAGGAUGUUGGAGUCUUUUGUUUUUAAAUAAAGCCUACUAGGCACUGUUAUGUGGUAUGUGAAAGACUGAAAUGUAGCAAAGUUAAUUUGGGGAUGAUGCACAAGAAGGAAGAGCAGUGGCAACCCCACUGUGAAACCAAGUAGGACUUCUUUUUGGCUAAGAAUUGAACUAUGAACAAUCUGUAAAAUGGACUGGCUGGGCAGGCAAAACAUAUUGAUUCUUACUGUAAGAACUCCAUGACAACACUGUGCCUGUAGCUGCUUCCAAAGGUUGUGAUUUACAGGCACGGUUUGUAUCCUCCGAUCACGUUCUAGGCACAAAUAUCAGGUUGGCCUACCUGGCUCAGCAGCUCCCCCUUCCCUUCCUUUGGGAAAGGAGUCCUUGUUCAUCCACCGUAUAACAAGUUCCCCCUCUCUGCCCCUUCCGCAGCAACCUUUGUGAAUGUUCUUUACAAUUUUCUUGCUCAAUAGCAAGGCAGUAACUCUACUUUCAUUUUAAGAAAGUAGAAUUCAAGGGCAUUGUAUCAAUACUGUUUCAACUACAAGGUUUUUUUUCCUUGUGGAAAGUUAAGGAAAGAUCUUGUUAUCACUUAAAGAUUUUCUUAUCCCUUGCUAUUGACAUUUUCGUGAUCUUUCUAUGUCUAAUGGCUGAAACUUCAUUGUGAAAUGUUAGCAUUUGUUCUUUUGACUAAUGAUGUCGUUUUUGUUUCUACAUUGUUAGGCUUGUAAUGUUUCAAAUGGUAUUUUACUAAAUUUGGAUUUGGAUGUAUGUCUAGCAAUACGAGGUACUUUAUAAACUGUUGAGGGGAAGGGGUGUCGUAGCCUGAUGUUUUGAUAAAAUGCUGAUUGUUUCAGUUUUGCAAUGUACUUUUUUUUUUGGCCUGCAGGGAUAUUUUGUGUUUGUGUCCAAAAAAUAAUAAAUUGGCAUUCUUGUGCCAAA